AUGUUGAGUGGGUCUCGUGGUAUAUCACAGCACUUGCGAGAUUACCACUGCAGUCCUUACCAAUUUGGGGUUUAUACCAAUUAUACAAAACCAUUUCUGGGUUUAUUGCCUUCCUCUUUUUCCCCCUCCUCCAAAAAGUUUUUCAGAUUAAGAUUAUUCAACAUCAAUUCUUCCUAUUCUUCUACUACCAGUAAUAAUGAUGAAUUUACCCGCGUCUCUUUCGUUAAUAAUGACAAUUGCGUUACAAAUACAGCUCCGAGUUCCCUCCUCUCCGACGUUAUGAGGGAAGAUGGCCAGGUGCCUCCAUCUGCAGGAUUAUCCUCUGUAGCAGGAGGGAUAGUAGCUUUGGGGAAGUUUGAUGCCCUUCAUAUUGGUCAUCGGGAACUUGCAAUCCAAGCAGCAAAAAUUGGAGUUCCAUUUCUUUUAUCCUUUGUUGGAAUGGCAGAGAUACUUGGGUGGGAACCUAGGGCACCGAUAGUUGCCAAAUGCGACCGAGAACGGGUUCUUUCCUCUUGGGCUCCAUACUGUGGUAAUGUCGUACCCAGGGAAAUCGAGGUCGAGUUUUCAAAAGUUCGAUGUCUCACUCCGAAACAAUUUGUUGAGAAGUUAGCAAAGGAGCUUAGAGUUCAGGGUGUUGUGGCAGGUCAAAACUACCGUUUUGGAUACAGAGCUGCUGGUGAUGCAUCGGACCUAGUGCAAUUAUGCAAGGAGUAUGGUAUUGGUGCUUACAUCAUUAAUCCCGUCAUGGACAAGAAUCAAGAUUCUGGAAACAUUAACUCUAGCAAUUCAAAGGAGCAAGGCCAAGUAUCAUCUACUCGAGUGCGUCAUGCACUUUCCAAAGGUGACAUGAAAUAUGUCUCAGAGCUGUUGGGACGCCAUCAUCGUCUCAUGUUGAUGGUUAAAAACAACGAAAAGGUUACUAGUGAUAGAAAGGGGUUGUCAGCACCUAGGUCUUGUUUAUUGAAUCUUCCACCCAAAGAAGGUAUUUAUAGCAACUGUUCUCUCUUAAUUGGUGACAAGAAUGUGGUACCAUGCAGAAUCACUAUCGAUACGACAGAAAUUCAUUUGGAUUUGAAUGACCUAGCUGCUAGUACACAUUUUACAUCUCCAGACUUGGAGUUAUUGGGUAUCGACUUUGGCUGUCAAUUCAUUAGACAGCCUGACUUUGAAUUCUUCAACACAAAACGUGUACCCAUAAACCGGUGGAUGCAAAUUCUAUUUCUAGGCUUUAGGCCGGUAGUUGCGGCCUCUGCAGUUGCAAUAGCCUCUGUUUCUGCUGAUUUUCACGAUAAACUGCGGCCUUCCAGUUCAUCAGAGACUUGUUAUUCCUUGGAACAAUCAAAUCCUUCAUUUUCUAAGUCAUUACAAGAAACAAGUUCAUCUUGGGUGUCCAGGACAUCUUUUUCCAAGUUAACAGAUUUGUCUUUCAUCACCAGAAUUCGCACUCCUUUGCCUAAUGUAAGAAUAUCAUUUCCUAAAACUGGACCAAAUUGUUGUUCUAUGGUGUCUUCUCCUGUUUUGCUCAAUUUGUAUCAGUCUGCUGAGUUAGCAAAAACUGCCAAACCAGUGUCCUCUUCAUAUAAUAUUCCUCCAUCGACAUCAGAUGUUUUAUAUAGAUGGCAUUUGCCAGAGCCAAACACCAUCAAUGUGUCUGGUGUUUCUGAUUGUUCAUCAGCAAAAUCUAGGACUGUUGUGGUUUUGCUUGGAUGGUUAGGCGCAAAGCAGAAGCAUCUCAAGAGAUAUGCGGAAUGGUAUACCUCAAGAGGGUUUCAUGCCAUUACAUUUACUUUCCCAAUGAAUGAAAUUCUCAGCUAUCAAGUUGGGGGGAAAGCUGAGGAGGAUAUAGAAUUGCUUGUGAACCAUCUCGAAGAAUGGCUGGAAGAAGAGCACGGAAAGAAUUUGGUUUUCCAUACAUUUAGCAAUACAGGAUGGCUAAUUUACGGAGUCAUUUUGGAAAAGUUUCAGAAGAAGGAUUCUACAUUAACAGAAAGGAUUAAGGGCUGUAUUGUGGAUUCUGCUCCUGUGGCAGCCCCUGAUCCACAGGUCUGGGCAUCUGGAUUUUCUGCUGCAUUUUUGAAGAAGCAUAGCGUUGCAACUAAAGCUUUCACGAGCUUAAGUGAAGCAGAUGCAGAGGCAACAGUUGGAACUAGAAAUGCUGUUGAAGCUAAGCCUGCAUUAACUGAAGCGGCUCUUCUACUUGUUCUCGAGAAGUUCUUCGGGGUGGUUCUGAAUUAUCCUUCAGUAAAUAGGAGGCUUUCUGAUGUGUUGAGUGUAUUAACACUCCAGCAACCAAGCUGUCCGCAGCUAUACAUUUAUAGCUCUGCCGACAAAGUUAUUCCUGCAGGGUCCGUCGAGUCCUUCAUAGAGAAGCAACGGAGGAGUGGACGUGAGGUCAGAGCUUGUAACUUCAUUUCGACUCCCCACGUCGAUCAUUUUCGGAAUGACCCCAAAUUGUAUUCUUCUCAGCUCACCAAUUUUUUGGAGGAUUGUGUGCUCACUUGUUGCAAGCACUCUUCCUGA